AGACGACGAAGAAGAAAACGUAUGAGGAAGUGAGGUAAACAUACUCGGACGUUGGCAGUAGUAUGGAGAGCCCGGAGCUGUCGUUUACUUUGGCUUACAUCGUCCUCUCCGUCUGUUUCGUGUUCACGCCCAAUGAGUUCCGCUCGGCCGGUCUCACCGUCCAGAACCUGUUCUCGUCGUGGCUGGGCAGCGAGGACGUGGGCUUCAUCCAGUACCACGUCAGAAGGACCAGCAUCACCGUUGUGGUCCACUCCGCGCUGCCUCUAGGUUACUACAUGGGAAUGUGUGUCGCUGCUCCAGAAAAAAACCUGGUUAACAUUUACCAGGUUAGUGACAACUGGAGAGCAUUUCUCCUUCUGUCUCUCUGCCUCCAGUUGGUCAGCUGGAUAAUUGUCUUCUACUGGUCCCGGCGUCGCUGGCACAAUCAUCCAAUCAGUAAGGUGCUGCAGGCCCAUGUGCAGCCCCCUUUCUCCAGCUGGGGCUCUGUGGCAGUCAGCAUCAACACUGAGUUCAGACACAUAGAUAAGUUUGCCACAGGAGCACCGGGAGCUAGAGUCAUCGUCACUGACACCUGGGUGUUAAAGGUGACCACGUAUCACAUUCACAUGGCCCUGCAGAGCGAUUGCCACGUCACAGUGACAGAGUCCACACAGCACCUGAGUCCGGAUUCAGCCUCGCCUACAGAGAUCCUGACCCUGAGAGUUGACAGCAUUAACCCUGCUGUCAAACCAUUCAAUAUCAAGCUCAACUCUACGGAGUACGCAGAGCUCCGGGAGAAGCUCCGGGCUCCCAUCAGAAACUCUCCUAACGUGGUGAUCCAUCAAACGCUCAGUGAACUCUUUUUGGAAACGUUCAAGGCUCAGGUGGACCUCAAUCAGCCGUACGCCCUCCCCCACGGACAGGAGUUAGAGCCCUGUAUCGGCUGCAUGCAGGUUCCAGCAAACGCCAAACUGGUCACGCUUUGCCGCGAAGCAGAGACCGACGAUGACGAUUCAGACUGCCAGCAGUGUCACUGCAGACCCAUGUGGUGUCUGUUGUGUCUGGGUCGAUGGUUCGCCAGCCGUCUAGACGAGCAGACACCGGAGACGUGGUUGUCCAGCAGGGUUCCCUGCCCUACUUGUAGAGCCAAGUUCUGUAUUCUGGAUGUGUGCGCAGUCCGAUGACGGGCGCACGUCCCCCCCCACACUGACUUUUAAUGUUUCGAAUGUUGACCAAGGGUUUCUGCUCAACAUCCUCCAACCAGAGCGGCACCUGGACUGGAUGUGGUCGUGUUCGAUUUCUGCUUUUAUGGAAACUAAAUAAAAACAAUCCUAUGAAGUAUCAUUUAUUUCAUAUUUGUAUGUUGUUACAGCACCAAAUCUUCUCAUGAAGGGCCCUUUCUGCAUCUUUUCUUAUGCAGCGUAGCAACAAAUAUGAAAUAAGUUUUAGAUGGAACAUUUGUGACAUUUAUCACGUGAGGGCAAAAUUCUGAUUACUGUGAUGUGGAGCGAAUGUAUGAAUCUACAGUUUAAUAAAGUUUAACUCAACUUGG